UUGUGCUUAUUAUAAGGUUUGAUUUAUUCGGAAGUAUAAAGGAUUGUGAGCGACUACUUCGUAAAAUUAGAUAAAACAGGAAGUAAAGUUUAUAUAUAAAACACACAAUGUAGCCUAGAAUGGAGAGAAAUCGAAAUCAUUCCAUAAGAAUGCAAAGUCUGAUGUUGACGGUCAUAGUAUUAUGGCUUGUGAAAGCUGCACAUGGUCAGGGCGUUCCACCCUGUGGUCCCGAGGAGUUUGGAUCAUCAUGUCAACUCACUUGCCACUGUGCCGACCUUGCGUCCUGUAAGGCUGAUGGCUCGUGUUCAUCGUGCAGUUAUAGAUGGGGAGGCCCGACCUGUCAAAUACAGCUGGCUAAAUUAGAUCCAUCAGCCUUGACCCUUACACAGCAUGAUACCAAGGGUAGUAAUGAAGCUGGGAAUGCUGUUGAUGGAGAUAUCAACACAUAUGCUUGGGCUCAAAAUAUGGACAAUGAGUCGAUUGCAUGGUGGAGGGCCAGUUUAGGAAAGAAGCUACCUAUACAUCAUGUUAACAUCAAAUUCUUUCAGGGUGUUGGUGAUAACAGCGUACCGCCUCGUCGCCCUGGUUUUUCUGUCGCCAUCACAAAUGAGACAACCGAUUAUUCUGACUCUGACACCAACUUCUGCCAUCAAGACCAAUCGUAUAAUGGCGAUCAGCUCACAGAAGUUUCCUUAAUGCAAUGCUCAGGCAUUGGUCAACACAUCACCGUGUUCAACCAAAGGGGAGAUAGAAAAAAUGACUGGUCACGUUACGCAAAUCUGCAGCUUGCUGAAGUGGAAAUUAUGGAAGAUAUUGGCUGCAGUGAUGGAACAUGGGGUCAGAAAUGCGAUCAGGAGUGUGGCAAAUGUCAGGAUGGGAAAUGUUCCCGUGACGGAGGCAAAUGUGAAGGAAAUUGUAUUGAAGGCUGGUAUGGAGAGAAAUGUGACACACCUUGUUCCGAGUUUUGUGCUGGAUGUGAUCAGACGUCUGGGAAGUGUACGGCCUGUGUUGGGGGAAAUCGAAGAUCUGGGGAAAUGUGCGACCAGUGCCCACAAUGUCUGAAUAACCAAUGCCAUGUAAACGGAACUUGUAAAGUGUCAUGUGCUGACAAAACCCAGCAUGGGGAUAAUUGCGAUAUACCUUGUUCAGUUACGAUUAAAGAUUGCGUUGAAUGUGAGUCGGUAAACAAUAAUGCUCUCUGUUCAAAAUGUGUCGAUGGUCUGUAUGGGUCCAGGUGUAUGGAAAAAUGUCCAGAUAACUGUGAGUCUUGUGAUAACGACACGCUGUGUACCGAAUGUAUGAAAGGAUACUCUGGACCAACUUGCAGUGCGAUUUGCAAGCAUGAUCAUUGUUCCCAUUGUAAUGUCUCUGGCGAUUGUUUGAAGUGUGAAAAAGGGUUUUUCUAUGAAAAAUAUCAAAAGAAAAUAUGUGUCAGCUGUACAAAUAUUACUGAGUUAAGUAACUGCUAUGAUUGUGAAAGUUAUGUCAAGUGCAUAGAAUGUCAACCAGGGUUUUAUCUGAAAUCUGCAAAUCAGUGUGAAAAAUGUCCCGACCAUUGUCUAGAGUGUUCGUCAGAAAGUACGUGUUCCAAGUGCGAGUUGGAAUGGAGCGGCGUUAGUUGCAAAUGUGGGCCCUACUGUAACCAAACCUCUACACUCGCCGAUUGGUGCAUUGAGACUAACGGAUCCUGCACGAAAGGCUGUUCCGGGGAGAAUUACACAAGUACUUGUGACAAACACUGUCCAGGAAUUGAUUGCCUUGUGUGUACACAGAAUGACGGCCAAUGUCUCCAAUGUGUUAGCGGUAAAUAUGGGCAGUACACGUCCUGUAGUGACAAUUGCGGCCACUGCUUGGAUGGAAUAUGUGACAUCCGUGAUGGUACCUGCAAGGGGGCGUGUCACAACACUUACCAUGGCGAUAAAUGUAAUCAGACUUGUCCUGCUAAUUGUAACUCUACAGAUUGUAUACAAAGCACAGGGGCGUGUUUUGGUUGUAUAGGAGGUUUCUUUGGUGACAAAUGUGAUCAGACAUGUCCUGCUAAUUGUAACUCUACAGAUUGUAAACAAAGCACAGGGGCUUGUUCUGGGUGUAAAAAAGGUUUCUUUGGUGACAAAUGUGAUCAAGAAUGCAAUGCAAACUGUUUGGAUUCUAAUUUUGUUCAUGGCUGUCAACAGCAAGAUGGCAAUUGCAAAAAUUGUAAACCUGGGUUUUAUGGUGAUAAAUGUGAACAAAAAUGUAACCCUAAAUGUCGCUAUGACGGUGGGGCGUCAGGGUGUAGGAAGUCUGACGGUCGAUGCCAUUCAUGUGAAGACGGAUACUACAGUCUAAGCUGUGAAUUAAACUGCAGUGCAAAUUGUAUAAGCAAAUGCGAUAAAGACUCUGGUCAUUGCUUUGGAUGCAAAAGCGUGUUCUAUGGCCCAUUCUGCAACAAAUCAUGCCCAAACAACUGCGCAAUGAACUGUGAUCAAGAUUCGGGCAAAUGUUUUGGCUGCAAACCGGGGUCGUAUGGUUUUAAGUGUACAGACAUCUGUUCGAGAACUUGUGCUGUAGAAGGAUCCGUGGCGGAUUGUGCCCAAGAUGAUGGGACUUGUGUUACAUGUCCGUUUGGAAAGAAUGGAAGAUUUUGUAAUAAAACCUGUCCAGGGUUUUGUUCGAGACAAGAUGGGGAGAAGGGCGUUGGACCGUGUGACCAGAUGACGGGCGUGUGUAUACACAACUGCCAGCCCGGGUACCACAGUGACACUUGUAACAUAAGAUGCAACGAUAGAUGUAACGGUACGCUGUGUAACCGAAUAACUGCGGAGUGCCUCAACGGCUGUGUAGAUGGAUUUAGUGGGACAAAUUGUGCAAAGAAGAUAGACCAAAGUGAUGGUGGUAAUUCUGGUUGCUGUUGCUGUCAUCCUUUUCAUUUAUUGGGAGGAGAUGGAUUUGCAAGAAAAAGGGCCGACGAACGAAACUCCCUUGAAGCAUCUGCAUUCCUCUCCCGAAGAAAAGGAAACUCUCAUUAAAGGUACGCUAGUAUGCAUUACGGGAAAAGAAGAGCAGCCCCUAUGAGGUGAAAGGAGCAGAUAUCGAUCUAAUUGUAAGUAUUUAAGUAUCAGUUUUGGCAUCCAUUCAGAGCUCCUCUGCCAUUUUCCAUUGAAAACAAUCUCGAUGUAUGCUGGUACAACAGAAGAUGAAGUGGUAAAAAUUUAAAUAAUAGUAUGAAAUAAUUGUAGUGUUUAAUGCGUAUUAUGUAGAUCUAAGUUUAAACUGAUUCCCCAUGAAGUGUAUUAUUGCUUGAAUAACUAAGAUUCCCAAGAGUAAAGUCAGUAAGUUUAACUGCUGAAUUGAAGUUACUACGCGAUCUACUUGACUUGCAGCGAAGUUUAAUGUAAAGAUUUCUGACAUUGUUAACUGCCCAUAUACACAGAGGUUGUUUUCGAAGGAAAAUGGCCGAGGUGUAAGAAAGCGCAAUUUUGAUGUAAGUAGUUAUUUAUGGCGAAUUGCUCGAACGCUUCUUAUCCAAUUCAGCUUUAUAAUACAUGAGUUUACAGUAAUGUAUAAUGAUUUUUUUUU